AUGGAGAGCAAUAAAUCAAUAUUUAUAUGUGAUUUUAAGAAGUGAGAGAAGAUCUUCACUACAAAAUACUCCUUAAUAAGGCACACACAGACUCACCUGAAGAAAAAGAACUUCAAAUGCAAACAGUGCUCUAAGACUUUUAAUAUAAAGCAAAAUUUAAUUGAGCAUGAAUUUGUUCAUACAGGUGAACAACCUUAUUUUUGAAAUAUUGAUGGGUGCACUCAAAGGUUCCGCCAAAGAGGAAAACUAUCACUCCACCGUCAAUCACAUAAAAACUACAAAAAGAAAACAUAUAGGUCUCACACCUGCAUCAACGAUGGAAAUCUGAGUAGGAGGUCUCAAGUACCACAAACCAUCAUCACUCAAGUCCCUCCUACCGCACUCCAAUCUCUACCACCUCAGACCCCAAUGCCGAACCUCUCAGCCCAAAACGCUAACCUGUACAUGCUGAACAAUCAAUUUAAUAAACUGAGGCAGCUUAAUUGAGGUCAACCUCUUUUAUCCUUAUCCCAAAAUCUGCCUGCGACAACCUACAGCUUUACAGCAUCUGUGAACCCUGCUGCUGGUGCAGCCGGAUUUUACGGUAACAGAAUCACUCAAAGAUUGCCUCAGGCAAACUUGACCCAAGGGAUGAAUAGAGUGAUGCUUCAGCACCAGAAUUUUAGAACAAAUUUCCACUAAUUCUGAGAAGGGGCUCCUUCUCAGCAAUAUUUGCUAAUUUAU